AUCUUCGGCGGUGCCAAUCCUUUGCUGGCCGUGCGUUGCCGAGCAGAAUCUCAACUGCAAGCUUAUAGUGGAGGACUGGAAGAUCGGUCUUAAGUUCUCGCGCGUGAGAGAUCCUCGCAAGGUGGUGGCCAGGGACGAGUUUGUGGAGGUGGUGGAGCAACUCAUGGGAGCCGAGAGUGGCGAUUCCUUUAGACGUAAUGUGAAGGAGCUCAGCAAGGCGGCUCAGCGAGCAGCAGUGAAAGGAGGAUCGUCAUAUGAAAGUUUGGACAAGUUCGUCAAAGCUGUGGAAGUUUUAUAAGUGUAUAGGUGGCGUAAUGUUGAAGUAAGAGCUAAUCCAGAAGAGGUAAUGUGAGAAACGGCAGCAUAGUCCCUUCCUUCCAGAGCACUCAAGAACGGUUCUUCCCAUUCCAACCCAAGGCCACAUCACUCCACUCCUCCAUCUCUCCAGAGCGCUGGCGUCGCGAGGCUUCGUCAUAACUUUUAUCAACACGGAGGCCAACCACAGGGACUUGAAGGACGUCGUUUCGCAGGAGGAGAGCUUUGGCUAUGGCGGCGGCAUUCGUUUCGAGACGGUCCCCGGGAUCCAAGCGAGCGAGGCCGACUUCACGGCCCCGGAGACGCGGCAAAUCUUCUUCGAGGCGGUGAUGGCGAUGCAGGGUCCAGUGGAGAGCUUGCUCAUCAGGAGCAUGGCCAGAGACGAUGAUCUCGUUCCUCCGGUCUCGUGCUUCAUCUCGGAUAUGUUGCUCCCGUGGUCCGCGGAAGUAGCAAGAAGGACCGGAAUCCCAGAGGUCAAGUUCUGGACCGCCAGUGCCUCUUGCGUUUUGCUCGAUUGCUCGUUUCCGCGAAUGCUGGAGAAGGGAGACGUUCCAGUCCAAGAUCGUUCCAUUGAAAAGUACAUCACUUACGUAGACGGCUUGUCACCACUGCCAAUCUGGGGCCUCCCGCGCGACCUUUCUGCCAUUGACGAAUCAGGAUUCGCUCGCAGAUACGCUAGAGCCAAGAGCUACGCCACAACGUCGUGGGUUUUGAUCAACUCGUUCGAAGAACUCGAGGGCAGUGCCACCUUCCAAGCCCUCCGAGACAUCUCUCCCAAAGCAAUCGCAGUGGGUCCUCUUUUCACCAUGGCCCCCGGCUGCAACAAGGCAAGCUUGUGGAAGGAAGACACCGAGAGUUUAUCCUGGCUCGGCAAGCAAAGUCCCGGCUCGGUUCUCUACAUUUCCUUGGGCAGCAUCGCGACCCUCAGCUUCGAUCAGUUCAAGGAGUUCUCCGAGGGACUGAGGCUUCUCCAGCGUCCGUUUAUCUGGGCCAUCCGACCCAAGUCGGUCGCCGGCAUGGAGCCCGAGUUCCUGGAGCGUUUCAAGGAGGCCGUGAGGAGCUUUGGACUGGUUGUGAGCUGGGCUCCUCAGGUGGACAUCCUCCGCCACCCUUCCACGGCUGGAUUUCUCAGUCACUGCGGCUGGAACUCCAUCCUCGAGAGCGUAGCAUCCGCGGUGCCCAUGCUUUGCUGGCCGUGCGUCGCGGAGCAGAAUCUAAACUGCAAGUUGAUAGUGGAGGACUGGAAGAUCGGUCUCAAGUUCUCGUGCGUGACCAUGCCGGAUCCUCCCGAGGUGAUGGCGAGGGACGAGUUUGUGGAGGUGGUGGAGCGAUUCAUGGGAACUGACAGUGAGCAUUUGAGGAUUAACGUGAAGAAGCUGAGCGAGGAGGCUCGUAGAGCAGUGUCUAGUGGUGGCUCCUCAUAUGAAAACCUGGAGAGAUUUGCUCAAGCAGUGAAAAUUUCCUAAACUUCAAUCCAAAGCUAAGAGAAAACUUCAAAGCA